ACCUUUAGCCUUCUCUCUAUUCUCUCUCCAAAUUCCAAUUAUUUUUUUAUUUUUUUGGGGAACGUAAAUUUAAAUUAAUUCCUCAAAACUUAUUACUAGACUAGAUUGUUUACUUGUUGCUCUUGUUCUUACCAUCUUUUUUCUUUCUCUCUCUCUCUCUCUUUCUCUUUUCUUUGUUGUUGAGUCAUAAAGGGAAAAGGAAGAAAGCAGACACAAAUUUUCUCUGCUUCUUUCCUUUUUUCUCUCCUCACACAAAGCCCCUUAUAAUUCUCAAAUUCAGAGUCCUUUGUACUAUUUACUCAUUUGGGUUUCAACAAUUUUCAGCUUUUUACAGUGUCACCUUGUUUCUUCAGCUAGUGAGCUUUAAUUAUAGAAAGUUCUCUCCUUUUUCUUUUUCAAAAUUGUUCUGUGGGUUCAGAUCUUAAUGAGAAUAUUUUGUAAGAUUUAACUUGGCGUGAGAUAAUCUUUGUCUGUUAUAGUUAAUCCCCUCUUUUUUUUAAGAUUAUCAUAGAGCUUAGGAUUUUUUCUUUUGACAUUGAAAAAGUUGAGUCUUUUCAAGAUUCCUCAGGUUGGGGAGGUGGCUAUGGUUAAAAAAGGUGGGGGUUAUGGAGAUUUUAUCACCAGCUCCUUAUCUUUCAAAUUCAAGCUGGUUUCUUGAUGAGGAAAGGAGCACAAAAUGGACUCCAGCUGAGAAUAAGGCAUUUGAAAAUGCUCUUGCCUUGUUUGAUAAAGAUACACCAGAUAGAUGGCAAAGGGUAGCAGAAAUGGUUCCAGGGAAAACAGUUGUUGAUGUAAUUAGGCAAUAUAAGGAAUUAGAAGAUGAUGUGAGCAGGAUAGAAGCUGGAUUAAUUACUAUUCCUGGUUAUACUACUACUUCUUCUUCUUCCUCUUCUUCUUCACCUUUUACAUUAGAAUGGGGGAAUAGUCAUAACAGCUUUGAUGGAUACAAGCAGUCUUAUGUUGUUGGAGGCAAAAGAUCUUUGUCCAAUAGGCCUCCAGAACAAGAGAGGAAGAAGGGUAUUCCAUGGACAGAGGAAGAACAUAAGUUGUUUCUAAUGGGGCUUAAAAAGUAUGGAAAAGGCGAUUGGAGGAAUAUCUCGCGAAAUUUCGUUAUUACUAGAACCCCAACUCAAGUCGCAAGUCAUGCUCAGAAGUACUUUAUCAGACAACUUUCGGGUGGCAAAGAUAAAAGACGCGCCAGCAUUCAUGACAUUACAACAAUAAAUCUCAACGAUAAUCAAAUGCCUUCACCGGAUCACCAAAAACCAACUCCAAUCGAUCAAUCCACUGUGAUUUCCCAGCAACCAAAAUCGGCUGACAAUGCCAUGCACAAAAUGCCAUUUCAGUGGAGUCAGGUGAAUAAUGGCUUUAAUUAUGCAGAAGGAAGUUUGUUCAUGUCUCCUCCUUAUGGAGGUAACUCCUAUGGGGACACUAAAAUGCAAAGCCAAAGUCUGCAGCAAAGAGCUGCAAUGCGUGAGCCUUACUUUGGAUCUCAAAGUAUGAAUUUUCAGCUUCAAUCGGCACAGCCUUACUAUCAUGCAUGACAUAGGCAUAUCCAAAAUAUUAGAACUUUGAUCAGUGCAUCAAAAUAUGCUUAUUUUCAAUUCAGUAUCUAGCUUCUGUUACUGCUUCCGUCGGUCUACAUCUCUCUUGUAUUGUGAAUAUAUGUUGCUUGGCACUUUGAGUUAGCCAUGAGUUAGUGUGUCCUUUUAGAAGUCCUUACUCUCUGUAGUCUGUACUUAAAACCACAGUACAGGUGGAGUUCACAGUGGCAAAAUGAGCAUAGAGGAAUGGACAAAAACCUGUAAAAUCCUUUUGAGGGCAUAAUAGAAUUACAAGAGAUGCAAGGAAAAUGGCCUGAUUUUAUGUGCAUUUCAGGAAGAUCAUGGAGUAUUACUAGCUAUUGUACUCUAAAUGAAAAACACAGACAAAUAAAGGUCUGUUAGAAAUUUUAUGGCAUUUGAGAUUUGACUAUUGAUUGUAGUAACACCGGAUAUUCCUAGUGCACAUUUAAGCUUUUGUUUUGAAUGCAAAUGUUUCCCUGUUGAUAGACCUAA